AUGAUGGUGGCAGCGGGAACAACGCAUACUGCGUUGUGGCUUGAGUGUACAUACCUCGCCCGCCGAGAAUACGACAUUACGACCAUCAUAUUAUUCAAUUAUCAUUCGACAUUCGAUUUUUACCGUCAUACUUUAAGUCAGAAGGGGUUUUUAGUUGGAAAUUUUACGAGCUACAGUAUCUCAUUCCCUCAAUAUUUUCUGAGAUUUUUUUUGCGCUUGUGA